AUGCAAUCCGUCCCGGAAACGCAUAGAGCUCUAACCCUCCCAUCGCUCGGCGCCCCCCUCGAAGUGAAAUCCACACCCAUUCCCGCCCUCCUGCCUGGCAGCGCGAUCGUGCAGAUCCUCAGCACGCCCAUCCUCGCCUACGCCGCGGCCCUGUACUCCGGCGCGUUGAACUACCCGCUCCACCCACCACAGACCAUCGGCGGCGGAGCCAUCGGCCGGGUCGUAACUCUCGCCAACGACGCCACGACUCUGCACCCCGGCCAACUCGUGCUGCUCGACCCAAUGGUCCGCUCGCGUGACGAUCCCGCGCAGAGCAUCCUGCUCGGCGUCCACGGCGGGACUUCCGACCAGGCCGCCCGGUUGAUGAAAGGCGAGGAUGCAUGGCGCGAUGGGUCCUACGCCGAGUAUGCGCGCUGGCCGCUGGAGAAUGUCCACGCGCUAGAUGAAGAUAGGUUGUGCGGCGGUAGCCUCCGCAACCGCAGCAGUACCACCAUCGCCACCGCCACCGCCGCCGGCACCACUGGCACUGGUCUCGGCCACACCGUCCCCGAAUUAGCCUACCUUCUCAAGUUGCUCGUGCCGAUGGGCGGGCUGGCUGCAUUGGAUAUUCACGCGGGGGAUACCCUCGUCAUCGCCCCAGCGACGGGCCAGUUCGGCGGCGCGGCCGUGGAAGUCGCGCUGGCGAUGGGGGCGGACGUCGUCAUUUGUGGACGAAGACUUGAGGCGCUCGAGCGCAUGGAGGCCGUCUUGCAGCCCGCGUAUUCCGCAUGCGGUAUCAAAGUCGUUCAAUUAAAGGGGCACGUCGAGGAGGAUGCGGCCGCGAUCCGGGCGUGUGGACGUCCCGGCGGCGGAAUCGACGCGUAUAUCGACUUUUCGCCCGCGGGGGCUGCGGCUUCGACGCACAUCGCUAGCUGUAUCUUGGCGCUUCGCAAGGGCGGGAAGGCGUGCUUCAUGGGUGGCAUCACGCAAAUGGUUCAAAUCCCUUAUGCGGCGGUGAUGUUUAGGGAUUUAGUCAUCCGAGGGAAAUUCAUGUAUGAGAGGGAAGGGGUGAAGAGGUUGAUUGGGCUGCUCGAAAGCGGACGGUUGAAGUUGAAGUUGAACUCGGGCUCGGAGUUAGGGGCUCAGGUUGGGGAGGUGAAAACGUUCAAGCUGGAGGAGUGGGAGGUGGGGUUUAGGAGGCGAAAGAGAGGGGUGGAUGGAGGGGAAUGGCGGUGUUGGAGCCUGCGAUGA